AUGAACACUUUGAUUCUUUUUCAUUCAUUCUUCUUUGCUCUUCUUCCACUAUCAAAGUGUGGAGAUGACGACGACAGGAUUAACACCAGGGGAGCAAUUGGCCAUCAAACUCUCUAUCGUGACGGCAAAGUUACUCUAUCUGAAGAGUCUGGAUUCACGAUUGAUUUGGACUCUCUGAAUGGAGCAAUUCACAAGACGUAUGAAUACUAUGAUGACGGCAACCACAUCCUCCUGCUGACUCCACAAAGGGAGAUUACCAUUACGAAAAUCGUCCAUGCAAACUUUAACAUUUGGAGCUGUGGAGAGGGAGAAGAGUUUGAGUAUGCCAAGGUAUACCUCAAGGAUAAUCAACCCGCCCUUGUGUUCAUUGCCAAGAGUAAGGAAUCCAAGGGAACCUGCAGAUGGUACGCAAGAGAUGGAGACCUUUGGAAAUGUUGUAUCCACUCAUAUGAAGACAAGAUUGAGGAGCUCAAGGUGUUUUCAGAGUACAAGGGAGACAUUACCCUCAACCUGGAGGACCAGACUGGUGACGACAAGCACACGAUCUUUGGACUCACAUUACUUGGAGCCUACACGAGAUUGUACCAUCCAAAGCCAGGAUUCAUCAUCACUAAAGUUGAUUACAUGGGCCAAAACAUCUGGAAGAGGGAGGCGGGUACUGAGGAAGGAGUAGUGACAUGUAAUCUCUACUUUAGGCGCGGUAAACCAUCAUUCUUCCUGAUAAUCGUUAGAGACAAGCUUGUAAAAAAAUCUCUCUAUUUCCUAAAGAGAGACGAUGAAGUCUGGGAGAGUGUAACUUCUGCCGUCUUCAACGAAAAUCUCUCGCGGGCCAGAAAUGUGCAGCCCAGGGAUGGAUACCGUGAGAAAGACAUAGAGACUAGAGACAAAUAUGAAUCCUUCCCAGAUAAAUUAGAGGACAAGACCUUGACAACUCCAGCAAGGCCAUGGUGGUUCGGGUGUCUGAAUGCAGUGACUGGUGGUCUCCCAGAAGCUGCCCAAAACCUACUCUUUCCAGGCUCUGUAACUCAGACCGAACAUGUAAACCAAGAACCUCCAGAGGUUAAAACAAACCAGCCCACCCAAAGCACCCCCUUUGAACGCCAAGAGACCAUACCACACGUAUUGAGGAGAAGAAGAAAUGAAUGA